AUGACUCGCAGUCACAGUGUUCGGGGCCCUGUGAGGGAUGCUCGACCCCACGAGCCGGCUCGUCAUUCAGUAGAUCCGGGCAAGCGCCCAGCGCCGCAUACUUCUUCAUCGUCGAGCGGAUCUCGGUCUGUAUCCAGUCCCAGCGAGGGUGAGGUGGACCGUAAGUGGGUGAAGAAGACGAUCCGUCAGGAGAUUAAGAAGGCCUUCGGCAAAUUCGUGGAUAAACUGAAGGGCAAGGGUAAAAAGGAUAGGUGCAAGAAGAGCAAACAUUUCCCAGUGCCCGACUCCCCUGAUGAUGAUGACCAGCGACGGUCCCCUGAUGAUUACCAGCCACGUUCUCCUCCACAGCGACGGUCUCCUCCACCCAGUGCUUCAGGGCCCGACGCUUCAGGGCCAAGCGUUUCACGUUCCUGCGACGACGACCCCCGCGGUGAGGAACCAUCCAGUAUCCAGACCCAGGAUUACAACGAGCAGUGGCGGGCCAUGAAUCAGUCUGUUCAGGGCAACUACACACCGGCGGAGCAGACUUUUGACUGGUCGACCCAGGUCUACCCUCAUUGGUCUUCCCCAUUCCUGAAGCCGCAGUAUAGAACAGAGACCCCGAUAUUCUUUGCUGAACCGCUCACUUCUAUUGCACCACAUGAGUGGGGACAGUCCAGUUCGGCAGGACAGGCUCAGACGGAGGAGCCUGAGCCACAGGUACUGCUGCUGCAGCACCUAGAGCAGCCGCCGGCAGAGCAGCCGCCAGCAGAGCAGCCACCAGCAGAGCCCCCGCGUCGCAGUCAGAGGGUGAGGCGUCCGUCUAACUUUCAGAGAUCGCCUUGGGUUAAUAGCCGAAUGCCACGUCCAGUGACACAAUACUGCAGUGACCAUUAUGAGAAGUGGAUGGCUAGGUGUCGAGAGGGUAGGGGUGGUGAGAUUUAUGUCAAGGCAAGUGGUGGUUUGCGGGAGUACGACGACUUCGCGCGGGUGGAUAAUGUCAGCCAGGAAUUCACAACUGGGGAUAUUGACUUGUAUUUCUUAAGCUUGAGAAAUAGACUUCGAGCUUCAGCAGAUUUACUGGAUGACGUAGAUAUGAAUAACACAAUCAUAUUAGACACGGAUUGGUUUAUAUACCUCCAGGGCGAGUGGGACGCUCUAUUGGAGAAGUGGGCAAGAAGUGAGUUUACCCCAGAGGAGUAUCAUAUAUUGACGCAUGGAGCAGUAGCUGAUGGUUGGCUGCCCCGGAUAGACUGGCUCUGCCAAAUACGUGGAAAAGCCGUUAAGGGCAAUGAACUUCCUCCUGGUCAUAUAGGAUGGAUGGAUGCCACACAGGUUCUCAUGCCAGUCAUAAUUGGCCACCAUUUUGUCCUAUGUCGGAUCCGGUUAGGAGAAUUGGUUUGCGAGGUCUAUGACCCAGUAUUCCACAAGCUAUCACCUCGACAGCAGGAUGGUCGAGUUGGUGAACUACUGCCUUUACUGAGAUUGUUGCCAAUUGUCCUUCAGUUGGCGAGGUGGCUAGACGACACAUCCAUUGAUUCGACAGUGGCAAAGGAGAAGUACCCACUUAUGACGGCGGUGUUUGCUCCAGCGGAGGUUCAGUUUCACCAGCAGGACUCUGUCAGCUGCGGGCCUUUCGUCUGCAUGUAUGCAGAACGACUGAUAUCUGGCUCUCCAUCCAUUGAGUGGGGUAACCACAACGUGGCGGCAUACAGGGCCAAGAUUGCUAGAUCUAUAUUUUCGUUGUGUGAAACUAGGAAAGCCCGUAUCACUAGACUUGGUUCUGCAUAGUUUUGUAUAUUGUUACAUUAAUGUGUGCUUCUAUUUGGUUAUUCAACGAGCAUUAUUUCCUGUAAAUCAUUCCAGCUUAUCGAAUAAUAAGAUAAUUCAAUCAAUAUCA